GCUGUAGUGCAGAGAGAGAGGGGGAGAGAACAGAAACGAAAAGAGACUGUGCAAAACAGCCCCCCCCACCCCUCCUCUCCGGGAAAUGGGUCUCAGGGUGAUGAGUAAGGCAAGAAGCUCAUGUAUCGUUGGUGCAUCUGAAGCUACACAGCUAUGGAGGAAAGGGUCCAGUAUCAAAUGAGGGGAGACUGUGAUUGGCCCCUGCAACCUGUGGUGUAUUUGUGUCUACAGUGGAUCAAAUACACUUUCUUACCUUAAUAAUCUUCAGUUAUAUAUAAGAACACACUCGCAUGCACAACGCCUCAGCCUCAUCUCUCUAAGGCUUCACUAUGGAAGCCUGUUUCCAUCCCAGACUAAAAAAUAGAAAAGGUUUGUGCUUUCUGCAUCCUUGUAUUGUGGGUGCAGUUACACCUUCCAACCGCAUGGAGGCGCAGCAGGCUUCUCCUGAUAGCAGCAGUGAGGAAUGUACUGUACUAGAGGCUCUGCCUGGCAAGGGAACAGCACUAAUUUGCUCUCAACACAAAGGAAAAGUGUCUGCACUGUACUGUUUGGCAUGUGAGAAUGCAGUAUGUGAGGACUGUAUGAAUGAAGAACAUGUUGAACACCCCACUGAUUCACUGGAAAAUAUUGUGGACCAACAACUAGCGGCACUGCAGGACAGAGUGGAUUCAGCUAAGAACAGGCUUCCUCAGAUAAGAGAAGCAGUUCAGAGUUUGAGAGACAUUCUGCAGCAGUUGAACACUCAGCGGAGCUCCAUAGAGGAAGACAUCCACUCCUCCUUCAGCGAGCUGCACAAAACUCUCGAUACGCGCAAGAGCGUCCUGCUCAUGGAGCUGGAAGUCACUUAUGGACUAAAGCAGAAGGUUUUGCAGGCUCAGUUGGACACUCUUCUGAAGGAGGAAGCUGCCAUCAACUAUAAUUGCAGCCUGACCGGCGAGGCCCUGGACGGGGGAAACAAGGCUGUGGUUUUGCAGACCCAUAAAGACGUAGGAGAGAGACUGAGUGACCUGGCCAGCCAGGGCCUUCCUCUUCAGCCUGAGGAGAACGACCAGCUGGAUCUCAUGAUGGAGAUCGAAGGGCUUCGCAAGUCCAUCCACAACUUGGGCACUAUCGUCACCACCAAUGCCGUGGCCAGUCAGACCGAGGCGUCUGGGGAAGGUCUGGAACAGUGUGUUGUGGGCCAGCCGGCAUCUGUCAUCAUAACCACAAGGGACAAGGCUGGAGGACUGUGCAAGACGGGUAACGCCAUCAUCUCAGCAGAAGUCUGCACGCCGGAUGGAAGUGUUGCAGAUGGCGAAAUUGUGGACCAUAAAAAUGGAACAUAUGAAUUCCAAUAUACGGUGAAGAAAGAGGGCAAUUUUAGUCUAGCACUGAGACUUUAUGAUCAGCAUAUUAAAGGAAGCCCCUUCCAGUUAAAGGUCGCAUGCUCUCCGGAUGAUUCUCCAACCACCACCACUGCAGCCAAUGCUGCAUCCACGGGGUCCAGCGAUGGUGGGGCGCGGAAACGGAGCGCCAAGUCCCCAGGGAGCAGAAGCCGGCAGAAGGGUGUCAGACGGGGAGGAAGCUUGUUCAGCACCCCAAAAAAGAAAGUGAACCCGAUCGAGGACGACCUCAUUUUUAGAAUAGGAACAAAAGGGAGGAAUAAAGGAGAGUUCACUAACCUCCAAGGAGUAGCAGCUUGUUCAACAGGAAAAAUCUUAAUUGCUGACAGUAACAAUCAGUGUGUGCAGAUAUUUUCAAAUACGGGAGAGUUUCAAAGCCGGUUCGGGGUACGUGGCCGGUCACCGGGGCAACUGCAGCGGCCCACUGGAGUAGCUGUGCAUCCAAAUGGGGACAUCAUUAUCGCUGACUAUGACAAUAAGUGGGUUAGCAUCUUCUCUAGUGAGGGCAAAUACAAGGCCAAGCUGGGCUCAGGAAGGCUGAUGGGACCAAAGGGAGUGUCUGUGGACCAGAAUGGUCAUGUUAUCGUUGUGGACAACAAGGCUUGUACGGUUUUCAUCUUCCAGCCCAGCGGGAAACUCGUCACUAAGUUUGGCAGUCGGGGAAACGGCGACAGACAGUUUGCAGGCCCACACUUUGCAGCAGUCAACAACAACAAUGAAAUAAUCAUCACAGACUUUCAUAACCACUCUGUUAAGGUGUUUAAUGCAGAUGGUGAAUUCUUGCUCAAAUUUGGCUCAAACGGUGAAGGCAACGGCCAGUUCAAUGCUCCCACAGGCGUUGCUGUGGAUGUCAAUGGGAACAUUAUUGUGGCAGACUGGGGAAACAGUCGGAUACAGGUGUUUGACGGAAGUGGAUCGUUCCUGUCCUACAUCAACACCGCUGCCGACCCUCUCUACGGGCCGCAGGGUCUCGCUUUGACCUCGGAUGGCCAUGUUGUGGUGGCUGAUUCUGGGAACCACUGCUUCAAAGUGUACCGCUACCUGCAAUGACUUCAGAGGGACUGGAAAAAGAAUCAAAGUCAAACUGUAUGUGUCCAAAUCUUGCACUUAAUGUGAUGAAAUGGUAUUCUCCCUCCUUGGUUUUCACAUCUUUUAGUGUUUGUUAUUAUUGUCGGAUUACCCUCACAGAAGACUAAAGCUUGUUAACACUAUUUAUGGGAUGCCUUGAAAUGCCUUUGCCAAACCUCCACACACUACACUGUGGAAAUACUGAGACAUCAGAAUGCAUUGGUGAGUGUACUACCUAAGCUGAAAACUCUGCUCUUAUGUGCUGCAUGUGGGAACCAUGCAUGCGCCGCCACCUUUUGGACACAUCCGAGUCCCAUCUGACUUCUAGGAUGCUAUUAGAACACUAUCUCAACACUUUUAUGAACCUUUUGAUGAGGAAACGUUUAAGAGAUACUCAUAACUCAUGCAGCCAAGAGAGCAGACAGCGAUAUCUCACUGACUUCAAGCUUUAGCAUUCCCUCUUUGACCAUUUGGCUCCAUUGUUAAUGCAUCUUACAGUUGACUAAUACACUACCAGUCAAAAGUUUGGAAUAAUUACAAAGUCUCUUAUGCUCACAAAGGCUGCAUUUAUUUGCUCAAAAAUACUGUAAAAAUAUUUUGGAAUAUUAUUACAAUUUAAAAUAACUGUUUUGUAUUUGAAUAUGUUGUAAAAUGUAAUUUAUUCCUGUGAUGCAAAGCUGAAUUUUCAACAUCAUUCCUCCAGUCUUCAGAAAUCAUUCUAAUAUGCUGAUUUUGAACUUAAGAAACAUUUCUUAUUAUAAUCAGUGUUAAUUGCGACUUUUUUUCUCAGAAUUGUGAUAUAAAGUCGCAAUUGCGAGUUAUAAAAUCAGAAUUGUAAGAUAUAAACUCACAAUUGCAUUAUAAAGUCCAAUUCUGAGGAAAAAAAAAGAUUUUUUUUUCUCACAAUUCUGACUUUAUAACUCACAAUUGCAACUUUAUAUCACACAAUUCUGAAAAAAAGUCAGAACUGCUAGUUUAUAUCUCGCAAUUCUGACUUUAUAACUCGCAAUUGAGUUUAUAUCUCACAAUUAUGACUUUAUAUCUAGCAAUUCUGACUUUAUAACUUGUAGUUGCAACUUUGUAUCACGCAAUUCUAAAAAAAAAAAUUGCUAGUUUAUAACUCACAAUUCUGACUUUAUAACUGGCGAUUCUGAGAAAAAAGUUAGAAUUACAUUUUUUUUAUUCAGUGGUGGAAACAAGCUUUCAUAAAAACAUUUUUUUUUUUACAGAAAUUACCACUUAACACUUAAUCAGCAAGGAUGCAUCAAAUGGUUCAAGUGAUAGUAAAGACAUUUAAUGUUGCAAAAAUUUAUAUUUCAAAUACAUGCUGUUUACUGAAUUUUCUAUUUGUCAAAGAAUCCAGAACAAAUAAAGUUUUCAACAUUGAUAAUAAUAAAAACCAUUAUUAGAUGAUAAUUAAGCAGCAAAUCAGUAUAUUAGAAUGAUUUCUGAAGGAUCAUGUGACACUGAAGACUGGAGUAAUGGUAAUGAAAAUUCAGCUUUGCAUCACAUGAAUAAAUUACAUUUUAAAACAAAUUAAAACAGAAAACAGUUCUUUUAAAUUGUAAUAAUAUAUCAUAUUACUUUUUACUGUAUAUUUGAUCAAAUAUAUGCAGCCUUGGUGAGCAUAAGACACUUAUUAAAAACAUAAAAAAAAGAAAAAAGAUUAUUCCAAACUUUUGACCGGUAGUGUAGGCCCGAUUAUAGCUUCACAAACGCUGGUCAUAUUCCAUCCGUGUCUAUUUAAUUCAUUGAUCAGUGCAACUGCAAUAAGCCAACUUACAGUGUGGAAUUGAAACAUCACCAAUAGCAUUUGAAGCAUUUGUCCUGUGUAAUGACAUACUGUGUGGACGUGUGUAAGAGACUAACAGUAGAUUACACAACGCACUGUUGCCUUGCAUACCUAUAGAAUAAAACUAGCAGCGUACGGCUCUUUAUUUAGAACAUAUUAGGACUCUCUAUUUUCCUUACGAAUACUAUUAAAAACUGGAAAUAUCUAUAUAUUUGUGUAUUUAUCGUAAAUAAUGUUUCAGAGAAAAGAAGUUUGGGUUUCAAAUGCAAACGUAGUUAAAAGCCAAACAUUUCCAUUGAUUUUGAUUUGUCCAUUAUUCUCUGGUGUAUCCCAGGAUUCUUAGAGGCAUGAUUCAUAAGUAGUAGUAGUGAUGUCAUACAAAUUUCUGCAGAACUCACUGGCAAUAGUCUUUCAUCAUCAAUACAACGCAAAGGUCAUUUUUAUGUUUUUGCUUUUAUAUUCAAAUUCCAGAAUGUGUUCGUUGUUGUUUUGAUUUGGUACAGUAAGUCUGUACUGUAAAUUAUGCAUAUGAUUUAAUGUGCUGAUUUGCUUUAUUUUCUGUAUAUAAGGAUUGUAUGUAAAGAAUGUUUUGUAUGUUCAUCAAAAAAGAAUUUUACUUGAAUGUUGUUUUAUGUCUGUACAAAAAAAAAAAAAAAAUCAGCCUUAACAUUUACAUCAUGCAACAUUUUACAUUGUUUUCACUUUACUGAUAAAAAGGGUUUCAGUAGUAUAUUUCAUUUCAUUUAGUUUAUUUUUUGAUGUGUGCCUGUUUACGACUUACAACGAUAAUCCUGCUUGGACUGUGUUGAUUUUUCUAAUAUUGCUAUCACGUCAUAUCAUUAUCAUGCUAAUGUACAGCGCAUUAAAAAGUGACUUUGGAAAA